GGCUCCUUCCCGCCAAUGGGGCGGGGCAGACCUUCCACUUCCCGGAAGUGGCGGGGCGCGCAGGCGCAGUGGGCGCUCGGUUGGGCGGGAGCGGCCGUUGGGACGGGGGCUGCGGAGGUUGAGUGUGGCCGAGGCACGUGGAAGAUGUCGUCCACUUCGCAGAAGCACCGCGACUUUGUGGCUGAGCCCAUGGGCGAGAAGCCGGUGGGCAGCCUGGCUGGCAUUGGUGAGGUCCUGGGCAAGAAGCUGGCAGAGAAAGGCUUUGACAAGGCCUAUGUGGUUCUUGGCCAGUUCCUGGUGCUGAGGAAGGAUGAGGAGCUUUUCCGCGAGUGGCUGAAGGACACGUGUGGGGCCAAUGCGAAGCAAUCGCGGGACUGCUCUGGCUGCCUCCGGGAAUGGUGUGACGCCUUCUUGUGAGGAGCAGAUGCCACUAGCUCCUGGCCUCGGGCUCUAUCAGGCCCUUGUAGUUCUCACUGGGGGGAGGGGACGGGAGGGAACCAUGGCCUUUGUACCACAUUCAGAAUAAAUUCACUCCUUAUCACACCCCUUUGUGCAUAAAACCAACCCAUUUUUCUCCCCCCCCUCCAAGAGCUUGCUCUCUAGCUAGAAAAGGGGGUUGGAAGAAAAACAACCCAGCCAACCAUCAGCUGGAAGCUGUAGUAAAUUUCCCCCCUGCCCUGAUGUCUUUCCCAGUGGGAUUUUGUGUCCUUCGAGCCCAAACUUGGGGAGUUUUAAUCUUUUCCCAGCUUAUUCCCAGAGAGGUGAUGCUGGGGGGAAGCUUUUUAGCCCUUUCUCUGG